UUCUUGUCCGUAUCACAGAAGCGCCCAACACAGAGCGUCAGUGUGAUACAGAUGUGUCAGAAAGUUCUAAUUUUUGUAAUAUUCCGAUACAUUUUAAUUUAAAAUGUGACAACACACUUCAGACAGCUUUUACUUAUCAAAACGCAACUAUUGAUGUUUUUCCUUCGGAAAUUCUACACAACUCUCAUCAGGUCUUCAUCAAAAAUGGCGUCACUGGAAUCUCUGAAUUUUGACAAUCUUGCUUUAAAGUCUUUGCCACUAGACCCAGAGAAAGACAACUCGAUUCGCCAGGUUUCAGGAGCAUGUUUUUCCUUGGUAAAACCCGCCCCCGUGGAGAACCCCAAAAUGGUUGUAUACUCCAUGAGUGCCCUGAAACUUCUGGAUAUUGAAGAAGAAGACAUGAAGAAGCCUGAAUCAGCAGAGUUUUUUGGUGGCAACAGGCUCCUGCCCGGCUCUCAGACAGCAGCACAUUGCUACUGUGGUCACCAGUUUGGUUACUUUUCUGGGCAGCUUGGUGAUGGUGCUGCAAUGUACCUUGGAGAAGUUGUAAACACUGCUGGAGAAAGAUGGGAGAUACAGCUUAAGGGGGCAGGACCCACACCUUACUCACGACAUUCAGAUGGCAGAAAAGUACUCAGGAGCACCAUACGAGAGUUCCUCUGUAGUGAGGCCAUGCACCACCUGGGUAUUGGAACAACCCGAGCGGGUACCUGUGUUACAUCAGACACAACUGUGGUGAGAGACAUAUUCUACGAUGGCAACCCAAUCAAAGAAAGAUGUACACUGGUGUUGCGUAUUGCCCCAACAUUCUUCAGAUUUGGUUCAUUUGAGGUAGUGAGGGGCCUCUCGGCUGACACAGGCAGGAAGGGCCCUAGUGAAGGAAAUAUGGAAUUAUUAAAGACCAUGCUGGAUUACUGCAUACAGACCUUCUACCCAGAGAUCUGGUCAGCCCACAGCAGUAACAAAGAGGACAUGUAUUUUGAGUUCUGGUGUGAAGUGGUGCGGAGGACAGCUAGGCUGGUGGCGGACUGGCAGUGUGUUGGAUGGUGUCAUGGGGUGUUGAACACGGACAACAUGAGUAUCAUGGGGAUCACUAUCGACUAUGGACCGUUUGGAUUUUUAGACAGAUACCAGGCUGACUUUAUUUGUAAUGGUUCAGAUGAUGGUGGGCGAUAUACAUAUCAAAAGCAGCCAGAGAUGUGCAAGUGGAAUUGCAAAAAGCUUGCGGACACAAUAAAGCUUGUCCUGCCUCCCGCCAGAACGGAGCCAAUUCUGCACACUGUGUUUGAUGAUGCCUUCAAGGAACGCUACAUGGCAACUAUGAGGAAAAAGUUUGGUUUGAAGAAAGAGGAACCAGGUGAUAAAGAUUUGGUGGACUCAUUCCUUGAAGCCAUGGAAAACUCUGGUGCAGAUUUCACAAACAGUUUCCGAUGUUUGAGUCGUCUCCCCUUGCCAAACUCUUCAGACUUUGAGGAGAGAUUAGCACAACUGAAGGACCAUUUGUUGUCUCAGUGUUGCACAGCUGAAGAGUUGAAGACCCAAUAUAGGCCGAGAAUGGAUCCAAGGCAGUUACAGAUGUUUAUUCAGCUGAUGCAGACCAAUCCAGGAGUGUUGUCCGCUCUGGGUCCCAGGUUUGCUACCAUCGCACAGGAAAUUGAACGCCUGGAAAAACUUCAGGAAAUGGAGUCUGUGACUGAUGAGAGCAAGCGAGGAGAGGACUCUGCUACAUGGACAGACUGGUUAUCCAAGUAUACAGACAGACUGAGACAGGAGGAGGAGGGGCUCACUGAUUUUGACCUUGCCAAUUCUGACAGGGUCAAGGUCAUGAAUGCAACCAAUCCUAGGUUUAUUCUGCGUAAUUACAUCGCAGAGAAUGCCAUAAAAGCAGCGGAAAAGGGAGAUUACUCAGAAGUCAGGAGAGUGCUCAAAAUUCUUGAAAAUCCAUACUCUGAAACAGCUGACCUUGGUGACCUUGGUUUAAAUGACCUUGACCUUAGUCAGCAACAGGCAGAUGAUUCUCAACAAGAAACUAAACCUGGCGGGCCAGGGGCAAGCUCUUCAGAAUCAUCUGUCCUGCCCCAGUCAGCCGGAGCAGGGAGGUGCAGCUAUGAUAGUAGACCCCCGGAAUGGGCCUCCACACUGAGAGUCACAUGAUCUUCGUAGACCCUCAACAUACAUUGCAGUGUGAUCCUAAAUUGUGACCUUUCAAGUGUGGCUUGCUUUGACUUCCAAAUGAUGUUUUCCAGUGUAGCCCAAGAGUGUGAUCUUCAAGUGAGAGAUGAUUUACCGACUGAUAAUCAGAACAAUGAAUCUUAGUAGUUUUAUAGUCUUCUCCAGUAACAUACUAACCAAACUUGUAAAUGGUUCGUGUGCAUUCAAUGAAAGAUGUACUGAUAAUAUAUUCCAAUUUUGCAUAUGGGGGACAAAAUCUCCCAGUUGCUAAGGGAGACAAAAUCUCCGAUACAUUUUUACGGGUAUAUGUGGACCUCUUUUAGUGCACUACGUCAUCCAGGUAUGUGUACAUUGUACAAGUUUAGCAUGAUAUGUAUGAUAGCAAGAGGAAAGUCAGUUAUACAUGUUUAAUAAGAAAUUUUGCAGACAAUGUUUAAACUCAACAGCAACUUUUACACAUACGUACACAUACUUGUUAGCAUAGUGUAACGCAACCUCUCUAUUUUUAACCUUUGUUUUGUUGUAUUUUUCUGCUGCAUAAGUAUUGAUAUGUCAAUUUGAGGAUUUCACUGCAGUUAAUGUAUGUUGGGGGAUCAAGUGUGGGUAUUUCUUAUCCUGCAGAUUGUUCUUCACCUAUUCCAAUGUACUUGAUAGGAUGGCAUUAUUUAAGCCAUAAUCUAAACAGAUGUAAGAACAUAUUGGAUAAUGUAACAGUGUUUAAAACUAUAACAUGAAUGGAAUAACAUCUCGGCAAAAUUGUAAUUCAGCAUUUUUGUGCAGUCUUAUUGAUAAUAUAAUGUUCUAAGACUAAUUUGUGAUUUAGAAAGAUUUAUUUCAUCCAAUCCUAGUACAUUGUUGAAAGCUGAGGUCAAUCUCUAUGACGGAGUUGCAUUAAACUUGGAAACAGGUCUGUGACUCCUGAUAAAGCAGGCGUGGGAAAUCCACUGUCUUUCUUCCUUUAUCCAGGGAAGUUUAUCUUUUCAAAUGUCUGUGAUUGAUUUUAAUGUAUGUUUUUAUAUUUUAAGGCCGGUAGCCUCUUGAUGUCAAAAUAUAGUUCAAAUGAUAUUAUGUAAAUAAUUCAUAAAAAUAAAACAAACGUGUUAAGCAUGAUUACUAUCGUCACCAGGAAUUUGUAAGUUGGGUUUUGAUUACAAUAUAGAUUUAUUGUACAGGAUUUAUAAUUUAUACUCUGAAACCUAUGAAAUCAGUUACAGCUUUUCUCAACCAUUACUUGUAUUGCUAUGCCCUGCAUCAGGGAUGUUAUUGAUACCAAUGUGAUAUUGUAAUGUUUUAUCAAAAACAACAAGUUUUGCAUUGUUUGUGGUUUAGAUAUGUUUAACAGCAAUUUGUUGCUAAUAAAUGAACAAAUUGAAAUGAGAA